UAUGGUAGCACCAGUUACGCGCACCAGCCGUUCAGCACCAGCAUUGAUUACGCCACGCCCUGCACGAGCCGCACAGGCAUGGAGCAAGCAUCAGCCAUGGUAGAAGGCGGCGCCAGAAUUUCUCAGACAACCCGUGUUGACCAAUGGAACACGCAGUACCUCACGGCUGAUGUCAGAUCUACCGACUGCGGUAGUUGCGGGAAUGUUUUCGGUCACUGCUAUACCAUGCCUCGCCAUAAAGGUCAUACACAUGCCACUGAAAGCGGAAUCACUAGUUCCACACGUAUGGUGUCCAGCAGCAGCCUCAAUCACGCACAGCCCAGUACAAGCCGCGCUAGCAUGGAGGAAGCAUCGGCCAUUCCGGAAAACCUUGCUAGCAAUUCUGAUGAUGCCUGGCGUUACCAAUGGAACACUCAGCCGAGGUCAAUAACCGACGGGACUUACAACGUCGACGGUACGUAGGCCAUGGUCACUCGC